AUGAAUUAUAAUCAACGUCGCAAACGGUACAAACUAAUUAUCAUUGUCAAGAGCUCGCCGAAUAAUGCUGCACGCCGCAUUCGAUUGCGUCACCACCUCAAAAACCAAACGGUCAAGCUUAAAUCAUCCGUGGGCCUCCUUUUCAGUUUAGGUGUCCCAGCUGACACCGGCAACCGUUCCAAAUUGCUAGGUGCCAUUAGCGACGAGGCAAAUCGGUUUGAUGAUAUCAUUCUGACCGACUUCAUUGACAGCUACUACAAUCUGACCCUCAAGACGUAUCUUAAUAUCCGAUUUGCUCACGUGGCCUGCCGGAACGCAAGUCCGCUCUUCGGCUUCAUGGAUGAUGACCAUGGCAUUAAUCUGCAUGCUCUCCUCGACUAUUUCAACACUUUCGACAGAGAAGAAAAACAUCAAGGACAACUGCGGCACUCCAUCUUUGGCCAGAUACAUCAGCGACCACCGGUACUACGGGAACCCAGACACAAGUGGGCUGUAACACGAAGUGAUAUGCCCUUUUCCAUGUAUCCAGACUAUGCCUCUGGUCCGUGCUACUUUAUUGGCGCUGAAGCCGUGGCAUCACUGUCCAUUGCGACAGCCUUCACUAAAUCGUUCCCCUUGGAGGACGUUUAUCUGCAGCAAAAGGCAACCUGGAUGCAUCCCCAACCCCCGAUGCCGAUGGAUCCAUACCCUGAUGAGCGUCCCGGGAUCCGCAUCAACUGCAGAAGUGACGGACACCUUCUCAACAUCCGACUUAUGCAGGCCACCAUGCGCGUCUCCACGACCACAGUUUAUGACCUGCUGUUCUUGAAUGUGUACGCUCUCAACACCAACACUGAAGCGGGCAUGCAAAGGAGUAUGGAAAUGAUCGCCACAGGUUGCGCAAAUGUCGGUCUUACGGUCUGCAUGCUCUACCGCAACACCCGAAUCGACGAGGAGGUUGCUCGCCGGAUCUCCAAAGCCAGCUGA